UAAGCAAUAAAGAGUGUAAAAGAAGAAGAAGAAGAGAGGGCAAAGAGAGAAGAAAUGGGAGCGAUAACAAGCGCAGCAAUAGCAAUAGUGGGAGUGGUGCUGGGCUGGAUCACCAUCGAGAUUGCCUGCAAGCCUUGCCUCGACCAAGGCCGUCAAGCCAUCGAUCGUAAUCUCAAUCCCGAUUACGACCCCGACGAUAUCCGCGCCCCUCUCAACACCGUCACGAAUGUGGAGGUCCACGGCGAGGACGACGACGACGACAACCCCAAGGCCGCGGUUUCCUCUGUCACCAAGUGAAAGAAGAGAUCUUUGUGAGUUUGAUCGAAUGUAUUGAGAAUCAAGAAUUGUGGUUUGUGUUAUCAAGUAUCAUUGUAUGUCCUGUUGUUGCUUUUGAAAAUUGAAAUUCUGAAUACAGAGAUGACUAUU